AUGGAAUUAAAUAAAUGGGUUUCGAAUAAUCCAGACUUGUUAAAUGACAGUAAAACCGAGGAAUACAUAUUCAUAUCAAACCAACCUACAGUUAAGGCGCUUGGUUUAUUAUGGCGACCUUCGUCAGACUGUUUUAAUUUUAAGUUAUCUGAACAGUUUUACAAACGCGAAAUCCUUUCAUCCAUCACUCGACUCUUCGAUCCAUUGGGUCUUGUUAGUCCAGUUAUUACCAAGACCAAAACAUUUCUUCAAGAAAUAUGGAAGAAUAAACUCGAUUGGGACGAUCACAUUCCAUCAAGUGAGUUAAAAGUCUGGUUAAAAUUUCUAAAGCAGCUACCAGAAAUUAAUAAAUUAGAAAUUCCUAGAUUCAUUCUUAUGCCUGAAGCCAUCAUUAUUGAUCUCCAUGGAUUCUGCGAUGCAUCCGAAAAGGCUUUCGGUGCGGUGAUUUAUAUCGUCUCAAAGGCCACAGACGGAGCAGUGAAAACAAGUUUACUGUGCAGCAAAUCAAGAGUUUGCCCAAUUAAGGCUCUAACCAUUCCACGACUGGAACUGUCAGCUGCGCUACUCUUGGCCCGACUUGUGGCAAAGCUGCUUGUUAUUCUUCAAAUCCAAUUCAACGGCAUUUAUCUAUGGAGUGAUUCAACGAUUGUGUUAGCCUAA